AUGCAAGUGCUCCAUCUCAUCUCCGUAUGCUUGGUCGUAGUUCUUGGUGUCGUAUCUACCGACGUGUUAAAACCCCCAUCCGAAGACGGCUUCAAGUGCUCCAAGGAAACCGUCAAAAAUCAACCCGCGACCGUGGCCUUCUGCGGCAGUCCGGAAUAUGGUGAUAUGAACAACCUUCAAACACCAACCUCAUUUACUAGUUUCAUGCUGGCAACUCCGAUUGCGGAUCACUAUGUGUGUAUUCCUCGCGACCGGUUCAAGCUGGAAAAGUAUUGCUGUAUACCCAAUAAAAUGGGAGAGACUUCUGAUACUCCACCAUCAGCCGAAAAGGUAACACAAAAUUGCAAGAAGCUUGUGGACAUUAAAGACUGA